AUUGAAUUUUUCCCCUUUUCAGCAUCAGUAGCACAGAGACAGCCUCCAUACAGCUUGCGCGUGCCCUUCUUGCUUUAUUUUUUAAGAGGGGCUUGAGGGUAAUUAACCUUAGGUAGUACACACGAGCAGUGAAUUCAAAUUAAGACUUUGGCUUUCUUUGGCUGGGGGUGUGUUGGUUCAUCUGCUGUGUUCUCUUCAGGAGCAACGAGGGCGCGUGUGUGUCGAGUGACAGGAGGACAGAAAAACAGAAGGAGAUGUCUGCCAGAGGGGGGAAAAAGAAGGUCACCAAGCUGUCCCGCUCAUCUCGGGCAGGGGUCAUCUUCCCUGUUGGCCGAAUGAUGAGGUAUCUGCGCACCGGCACACAUAAAUAUCGCAUCGGCAUGGGAGCACCCGUCUACAUGGCAGCAGUCAUCGAAUACUUGGCAGCUGAGAUUUUGGAGUUAGCCGGAAACGCCGCACGGGACAACAAGAAAGGCAGAAUCACUCCGAGACAUAUUAAGCUGGCUGUGGCAAACGAUGAGGAGCUUAAUCAGCUUCUUCGUGGCGUGACCAUCUCAAAUGGAGGAGUCCUGCCUCGCAUUCACCCGGAGCUUCUUUCCAAGAAGAGAGGAAGCCGAGUCAAACCGGACAGCCAGGCAUCCGUCCCCGAGAAGAAGGCAUUACGCGCCAAAAGCACCAAAGCCGUCAAACCCUUGAAAAAGGUUAAAGGCAAACGAGGGCGAAAGCCAAAGAACACUGCAAAGGACAAAGAAUCUGUACCAAACUCCACGGUGGAAGAUGGCCCAGGAGAUGGAUUUACCAUCCUCUCAGCCAAGAGCCUGUUCCUUGGUCAAAAGCUUUCUCUCACAGUGACUGAAAUUGGCAAAAUUGGAACAAUCAAGGUAGAUGCCAUAAUUAACCCAACAAAUGCAGAGAUGGACCUCAGAGAUGGUGUAGGGAACGCUUUGGAGAAGGCAGGAGGCCAAGAAUUCCUGGAGGAUGUCAAGGAACUACGGAAAGCACAGGGACCUUUGGGGGUGGCAUCAGUGGCAGUGAGCCAGGCCAUUGGAAUGACAGCCCGCGUCAUCAUCCACUGCAACGUUCCACAGUGGGGGUCGGACAAGUGUGAAGAGCAUCUAGAAAAGACUGUGGAGAACUGCCUCUCGGCUGCAGAGGAGAAGAAAUUCAAGUCUUUGGCUUUUCCUUCACUCCCUGCUGGACGGCAUGGAUUCCCAAAGCCGACAGCUGCCCAACUCAUUCUCAAGGCCAUCUCCAACCACUUUGUGUCAUCGACCAACUCCUCUCUGAAAAACAUAUACUUUGUUGUGUUUGACAGUGAGAGCAUCGGAAUAUACAUUCAGGAAAUGGCCAAGUUGGACUCCAAGUGAGGAAUUUGACUUGUUGGUUUUUCUUUGUUGGUCAUGCUGAUGGUGCCAGUACAGUGCUGUGAAAAAGAACUUAUCCUCUUCUCCCUAAAAAAAAAUAUUUGUGUGUGUGUGUGUGUGUGUGUGUGUGUGUAUUUCUUUUUCUUCCCAACAGAGUUUUCACACUUUGUAUAACACCAUCAGACAAAGUAAACAUUACACAUUUUACUUAUAAAACGUGGGGUGGGGGGACUAUUCAAAGCUACUUCUUCCACACAGGGCCAAGUAGCCUUGAAAAUGUGUUUUUGCCCCCUUAAUAAAUGCAGUAAUCCCUCGUUUAUCGCUGUUAAUGGGGACCAAAACCACCCGUGAUAAACAAAAUUCUGCGAAGUAGCGACCAAUUAACACACACAGGCCAGUGCUCCCCAGGCGUGCAGCAGACUUGUUUAUGAUUAGUCAAUUAAGGUUGUUUAGACAAUUAAGGAGGAGAGACCUGCUUUUGUUCUUAUAAGUCUCUCUCUUUCUCUCAGCAACACACAUACACUCACCUGCUCCACGGUCCAUGCGCUCCCACACACACAGUGCCCCACGUGGACCUUCAGCGCUUGAGCAGAGUGCGCACACACAGCACGCAUAGUAAACAACAUUUAGACACUGAUUUUUGCGGACUUUAAAUUUUUUUUUAUUUUUUAUGAAUGUUUGAAAAAAUCCGCGAUGCACCGAAGCCGCGAUAAACGAACCGCGAAAUAGCGAGGGAUCACUGUAUGCCAUUUAUGUUUUUCUAAUAUUUACAUGUUUGAUCAUCUUUAAGGGAAACUAUGCACAAAGAAAGUGUGAAUUUGAGAAGAGGACAUCCUUAUUCAUGGCACUGUAGUGGAUAACAGAAGUAGGUGACAGUUAAAUCAAGAAAUGUUCGAGGGAAGCUGUUGGCUGAAAUUGUAUGUUGCUCUCCUUUAGAGAUUAGAUAAUUUAAGUACCUGAAGUUUACUGUUAUGUUGGUGUGUCACGGAUGGUUUUACAUUCCAUGUAGAAAUAGAAGUUAUUUCUGGGCUUAUGUAGUUUCUGGUACUCUAGUUAUUAAAAAAAAGAAAAUGUUCUCAUUCUGCUUUGAAAUAAAACGUUUUACAUCA